GGCCGUGCGACGACGACGACGACGACGACGACCGACCCUCCUCCUGCUCCUGCUGCUGCUCCACCUCAACUGUCGACGGCGGACCCCCUCUCCCUCGAGCACCAGCAGCGCUUCUUCACCGGCUGGGGCGACGACCCCUCCUCGACCGACCUCAAGACCCCCAGCCUCGGCCUCGCCCUGACCAACCAACUCUCCGCGCGGAUCGCCCUGCUGAAAUCCCCGGUCUACAAGGAUCGGGCCUACCUCGCCGGCGAGGACAAGGAGUUGGACCGCUGGGAUCGCUCCUGCCGGGUCGUCUUCAGCGCGUGGGGCGCGGAGGGGCGGGUGCCGUUUGAGAUCUGGGAGGGCGGGGUCCGGAGCCUGCCGUCGUCGUCGGUGGGAGAGGGGGGAGGAGGAGGUGAGGGGAAGGCUGGACGAUGAGUAGGAGGUUCAUGAAAUAAUUUGUAGAUGUCGUUUGAAAAACUUCUUUUUCCGUUCCCGUCACGGUUUUCCAUCUCUCUUCUUUACAAAGGGGAGAAAGGAGCUAUGCGGGAAACCCCCGUCACGUCGAUCCGUAGAUGCGGCUCUCUAGAGUUCAAACAUGAUGAUUUACCGCCGGAGAGAGAACAUGCUUUCUUAUUUUCGGGAAAUGCCCAACGAAACCCCCAUGUUCCCCUUCUCUGCCCCGCUGGCUGCUCUCAGUGGAAGACUAUAUGUACACAUCACACCACACCGCCACCACCACCACCACCGCAGCAGCAGCGGAAUGCACACACGGUCCAAGAAUGGCUCCCGAUCUCCACUCACAAGUGCGUUCUCGCACAUGGGGACAAAGAAGAGCGGAACGAAACGGGAUAUCCAUAUCGCCCAGCCCGACACCGGCCCCGAUUCCCCCGAAAGAUACAUAUACACAUAUCAUUAAAUCCCAAGAAAAGCAAGGACAGGAAAGAAGAGAGAAAAAAACAGGACUUCCAUCUUCUGUCGAAAGCCCCCCCCCCUGACAGAUCACAUCGGCAUCGGGGAGAGACAGAUAGACAGAUAGGGACAUACACGGACGGACGGGACAUCCGCUCACUUCGCCAUCACAUCGAUGUAGCCCCUGCCCUUCUUCUUGUUCUUCGCCCCGCCCGCCGCCCCGCCUUUCCUCGGCCCGGACGGUCCGCCCAGCAGGUCGUCGAGCUGGCUGUCCGCGCUCAUCGUCGUCGAGGGCCGCGAGGGCGGCGUCGAGGCCAGGCCCGGGUUCAGCGCGGCGACGGCCGCGGGCACGGGGACGCCUCCUCCGCCGCCGCCCAUGACGGAGCCCGGGGUGCCGACGCGAGAGGGGGGCCCGGAGGGCGGUCCGCCCCCUGCACCACCGUCGAUGGGCGGGGUCGAGCUGUAGAUUGAGCCCGGGGGUCCCAUGGAGUGGGAGGUCGGCGGGCGCAUGGGCAUGGACAUGGAGCCGCUUGCGACGCGCGAGGGGGGGCCGCCGACGGUGCUGGCGGGGCGGCUGGGGGGCCCGGCGCGGGGAGGCGGAGGGGUGGGCGCGGAGGCGGCGGCGGUGGCGUCGGCCCCGCCCUUCUUGUUGAUCCACUUCUUGAGGUUUUCGUCGUAGUAGAAGGAGUUUUCCUCGCCGAGCUUGGCGCGGAUGGGCCCCUGUUGCUGCUGGCCG